CAGGAGUUCUUCUCUACUGGUUUCACAUUAUUUGCGCAGGCGUGUUUGCUGAUGUUUGGAAGGUGCAUGUAGAGUCUGAAAUGAAGGCUCUGGUCUCAUCUUGUGUCGUGUUGCCCUGUUCAUUCAAAUACCCUGUUCAAGAACAGCCCUCUGAUCGUAUUAGGGCUAUAUGGCACAUGAAGGACAACUGGGGUGAUAUUAUUUUUCACAAAGACCCUACGAGGGUUAAAGACAGUUUCAAGGGUCGUACAAAACUGAUUGGUUCACUGGGUGGUUCCAACUGCUCCUUGGAGAUUGAUGAGGUCAAAAACCAUGACAACGGCCCGUAUUGUUUCAGGGUGGAAUUAGAAACAUCUGAAAAAGACAAGUACUCCUUUGUGGAAAACUGUGUGUCGAUUAAAAUGUUCGAGCAAGCAUCAAAACCAGAGCUGCAGGCUGAGCAGUCUGUGCAGGAGGGUGAAACUGCAGUCUUCAAAUGCUCUGUCCGGCACACCUGUCCGUCCCACCAGCCCACUCUCACCUGGAGCCACACUGGAAAAGCCAUCAUGACCUACAAGGACAUUGGUCAUGGAAACUGGGAAACAGAGUCUGUCCUGACCUUCAUCCCUCAAAAAGAGGAUGAUCACACCACUAUUGCAUGCACAGUCAAGCACCACGGGAAAGUCGAGGGCGAAAUGACAGUGACUCACCAUAUCUUUGUGAAAGAACAAGCAACUAUCAGCCACAUUCUCAUACCAGUCAUCUCUGGUCUUGGAUCUGCUCUUUUGUUUGGAUUACUGUGUUUCUUCAUUGCCAAGAAGAGAUACGAGUCCAGACCUGGAGAGUUUAGACCUCAAGGGGGGCAGAAUGUAAGGAAAUCACAGGAAGAAGGCACAGACUCCACAGUUUUGUUCAGGAGCCAGAGAACAGAGGCAAAUAACCCAACAGCUUCUAAUGGAUUCUUCUGCAACAAACCAGGACAAAACACAUAAUCUGUUGAUAGAAUACUGAAUCUAUGGCAUGUUUUUGAUUAUAUUCAU